UUCCCUGACCCGGAAGUGUUCCCUGACCUGGAAACGUAGAUUUCGGGUUAAAGCGCGAAGGCGGCCUUGUUAAUCCCUGUGUGUGUGUGUGUGUGUGUGUGAGAGAGAGAGAGAGAACCCAUUCCCGGUGCUGCACUGCGGCCCGUGCCUUUCAUCAGCUUGUUGCUAUGUCUGUGGUUCCGCCGAGCCGCUCGCAGGCGGGCUGGCCCCGCGGAGUCUCUCAAUAUGGGAAUAAGUACUUGCAGGCAAAGCCGCUAACCCUGGAGAGGACCAUCAACCUGUAUCCACUGACUAACUACACCUUUGGUACCAAAGAGCCUUUGUAUGAGAAGGACUGCUCUGUGGCAGCCCGAUUUCAGCGCAUGCGGGAGGAGUUCGAGAAAAUUGGUAUGCGGCGCACUGUAGAAGGUGUUCUGAUUGUGCAUGAGCACAGACUUCCACACGUAUUGCUAUUACAGCUGGGGACAACCUUCUUCAAACUACCUGGUGGCGAGCUGAACCCUGGAGAAGAUGAGGUUGAGGGUCUGAAGCGUCUAAUGACAGAGAUCUUGGGUCGCCAAGAUGGUGUCCAGCAAGACUGGGUAAUCGAUGACUGCAUUGGCAACUGGUGGAGACCCAACUUUGAGCCCCCCCAGUAUCCCUACAUUCCGGCUCACAUCACCAAACCCAAAGAGCAUAAGAAGCUGUUUUUAGUGCAACUUCAAGAGAAAGCCCUGUUUGCAGUACCAAAGAAUUACAAAUUGGUUGCUGCACCAUUAUUUGAGCUUUAUGACAAUGCACCAGGUUAUGGACCCAUCAUCUCCAGUCUUCCUCAGCUUUUGAGCAGGUUUAAUUUUAUUUAUAACUGAAGUUUAUGGAGAUGCCCAACAUGCGAUCAUGAUGGCCCAAGUAGGUCAAGUUUCCUUGAACAUCUUCUUCAACUGUGAAUUCCAUCAGCCAUUGACGAUUAGAGUCCAUGCCAGUCGCAUUUUUUUUGCAGCACUUGCCCUGAUUUGGCUGAUGCUUUGUUCAACUCUACAAUAAUUGAAGACAAACUUAACUAGCACGUUUUUUAGAAAAUUUCUGCUCUUGUGUAACUGUUUGCAUUUUCUACUUUAUUAAAUGGAGAAGGAUA